AUGGCGGGCGACGACGCGAGCGACGCGAGCGACGACGCGUGGCGCGCGCACGUGCGCGAGGUGGGACUGGGACUGUUUCGCGCGCUCGCGAGAGACGCGCGCGAGCUGAGCGCGAGCGAGGACGCGGAGACGGCGGAGGAGGCGGCGAGGAACAGGGUGUAUCGAUAUUACGUGCCGGUGUACGAGGAGGUGGUGCAGCGGCUGAGGAUGCACAGGCGAAAGGCGGGGACGACGAGGGAGGGGCGAACGCCGAAGCCGAUGGUGGUCGGCGUGAGCGCGCCGCAGGGAUGCGGGAAGACGACGCUGACGAGGACGAUAGUGGACAUGAUAAAGGCGACGCCGAAGAAGUUUUUGGAUGAUUCGGCGGCGGAUGAGUCGGGGAACGUGACGGCGGUGACGCUGUCGAUCGAUGACUUUUAUCUCGCGUACGAGGACCAGGCGGCGCUGGGCGAGGCAAACCCCGGAAACGCGAUGUUGCGGUACAGAGGGAACGCGGGAACGCAUGAUUUAGCGCUCGGAUCGAGAUCUCUUCAAUCUUUAGCGCGAAUCAACGAUUCGGACGGGGAGACGUCAAAGUUUCUGGCGCCGAGAUACGAUAAGCUCGCUCGAGACGGGAGGGGCGAUCGCAAACCGCAGAGCGAGUGGGAGAGUGUAUCGGCGCCUCUCGACGUCGUGCUCUUGGAAGGAUGGAUGCUCGGGUUCGAACCUAUCGAAUCCGAUCGUGCGCGUGCGAUUAAUCCCGAUUUAGUGGUCGUUAACGAGCGAUUGAAGGAAUACAAGGCGGCGCUUUGGGGACCAGAUAACGUCGCGUGGUGGAUCAUCUUCAAGGUGGACGACCCGGCGUGGGUGUACGACUGGAGACUCGAAGCCGAGAGAAAGGCGAACGGGGGACUGGACGAUUCACAGGUGAAAGACUUUGUCGAUCGUUUCAUGCCCGCGUACGAGGCGUACUUGCCAGGGCUUUACGUGGACCCUCCUCCAGAAUCGCUCGUCGUCGUCGUCGACAAGCACCGCGAGGUGCUCAUGGUGCACGUCAGCACUGCUCUCGACAGUGCUGACGACGCGAUGGAGGCGUAG